AUGGAGCUACGCCAUGGGGAGCAGGCUCUGGCUCACUCCGAGACGGCGGCCGCGUCGGAAGCGACACUCCAGGAGGAGGUUUUUGAAGAGCUUGGGAGGUAUCGUGCCCUCGACGAGAAUGAGUUCGAGCGUUUCAUGGCAGGCGAAAACAUAUCCCUCACUACCAGCUUCCGAGAAGAUGACACAGGCAUCGAAUUGCCGCAGGAGUGGCAAUCGAAAUUGUCCGUCAUCCGAAAGCUGGGUGAGGGCUCCUUUGGGAAGGUCUUUCAAUGCAAGGUGCUUUGCGAGAAAUACAAGGAGAUCUAUGUGUCUGUCAAGCUGAUCGUCCAGAAGGAACCCAUGGUGAGGAAGGAAAUCCAAGUUUUGGAGAACAUGCGCGGAGUCUCGGAUUACUGCAUUUCUGCCGUUGGUGAGCCGCCGUUCAUCGACAACAGGGAUGGGUAUUGGAUUAUGAUGCCAUACAUGAACGGUGGGGAGCUUUACGAUUUCAUGAAAAAGUGCCAACUCGCGCACGGGUGCCUCUACGGGGGCCAAGAAGGCCGCAAGGACUGGACCCAAGUGGACCCUGCUUUCACCACGUCCUACAUCCUCGGACUCUUCCACGACAUGGUUCAAGGGGUGCAGGCUCUCCACGAGAAAGCCGGACUGCACCACAUCGAUCUCAAGCCAGCCAACGUCAUGCUGAACUGUGAGGGGAGCAACAGGUGCUUUGCCGCGAUAAUCGACCUUGGCUUGGCGUGCGAUCCAACGAAAAAUGGCUGUGGACGAGCCGGCACACCGUUAUACAUUCCUAGAGAGGUCUACCUUAGAGACCGGACGG